AUGCCGCCCCAAAGGCAGCCCCAACAACACCCCACGCAGUCCGCUCACCCGGAGCAGGGGCCCGUCGCCCACGGAGAAUGGGUGCAGCCGCCAGACCAUGUCGUGAGAUCGCGAGCAUUGCGCAGAUUCUGGACAGCAUUUUUCUGGGCUUGGCUCAUCUGGACAGUCAUAGGUCUGAUAAUCGGUGGGGGCGUCUCGGAUGUGGAGAACAACAGACACUGGCACAAGCACCAAAAGUGGGACAAGCCCCCUGGGAGCUACUAG